AUGCUGGAAUCGGAGAGGGAUGCGAGCAACCUGUCGGACCUUAUUCUAUAUUCGAGGAAUUCAUUUCUGUAUCGCGGGAAUGCACUUUUCCAAAUCGCCACUUGUGUUUUGACCGUCUUGUUUUCGGUUAAGGCCUUCCAACUGCUCUACCGUCGAAGCGUGUUCCACAAAUCCACACGUCAACUACUCUUCAUGAGCAUUCUCUACGCCGAUUUCCAUGCGAUGAGCUACGGAUUUUUACAAGGCUGGUCACUCUACCGAUCCAUCGUCUACUCCACCGACAUUGACCACAUAAUCUAUACUGGAGAGGAGUGCUACCCGGUCACAUGGACCGUCGGAGCCGCUAAAAUGUCCAUGAUAUUCAUCCAAUUCGCCCUUACCGUCGAGAGAAUAAUUGACAGAGUCUGCUCGAGUGUGUCCUCGUCGAAACAGUUCAAAUACCAGGGUAUUGUGUUGAAUGUGGUGGCUCUCGUUGCGGCGUUGGCCAUGAAUUUGUAUAGUUAUUCGGAGGGACCGACGACGACGUACAAGUUGCAGAGUUGUUUUAUGCAGAAAGAUAUUCCGUUGGUCAGGGUGAUGUACGCCCUUAUCGUCUAUCUGGCUCUCUCAUUCAUCUGCCUGAUGGUCAACGGAUUUAUUAUUGUCGGACUCCACCGUAACAAAAAGAAAAGUUUCAAUUUAAAAGUUCGAUUCAACAUCCAAGAAGUCAAAAAUUCCUCGUUCGCAGUGUGUAUCAUAUCAGCAAUUCAAUCUGUUGCAAUGUUUAUUUACGUUGUGUCGAAUUACGGGCUAUUUUAUUUUCGAAACGAGAUCUCGAUCCAAUAUUUUCAUAAUAUUGUGCUAUGUGUUUAUGCCAUCCCGUACGCUGGUCUCUGCCUACCUAUCAGCAUCAUUCUCUGCGUCCGUUGGAUUUCUGAACAUCGAAAAAUUAAAAUUGUGGAAAUGACGAAAACGAAUCGAAAUGAAACAAUGGACAAUAGAAUAUUGCAGUUGAGGAAUUCAUGGGAUGCCAUGGCACCGCCCCCGAAGUAUUAG